AAAGCAAUUCUGAGCUAAGAGAAGAAGGUACCUUGAGAGAGAGAGAGAGAGAGAGAUACAUACAUACAUAGAAAACACACAUAACAUCGAUCUAUACACUUUUCCUUAACUUUCACGUCUCCAUUACAAUUUACACCCCUCCCUGUCUUGAUUUUCUUCGAGUUCAGUUCAGUUCAAAUCUCGAAAAUGGGGUUUUGCAAGGAAGACGAAGAUAGAAACGGGUUAAAUUACCAGAUUGUCCCCGGCCCCAUCAUCGUUGGCGCCGGCCCGUCAGGGCUGGCAGUGGCGGCGUGCCUGCAGCAAAACGGCGUCGCUUCGCUGAUCCUUGAAAGAAGCGACUGCAUAGCCCCGCUGUGGCAGCGGAGAACCUACGACGUGCUCAAACUUCAUCUCCCCAAGCACCUCUGCGAGCUGCCAUUGAUGAAUUUCCCCGACCAUUUCCCAAAAUACCCCUCCAGGUAUCAGUUCAUUUCUUACAUCGAGUCUUACGCCAACCACUUCUCAAUCAAGCCCAAAUUCAAGCAAUCCGUUCUUAGAGCUGAAUUCGAUCGAAUCAGCGGGUUUUGGAGCGUGCAAACUCACGAUUUUCAGUACUUUUCGAGAUGGCUAAUUGUCGCCACAGGUGAAAAUGCCGAGCCCGUUAUACCUGAAAUUCCAGGGAUUGAGAAAUUUCGGGGGCCCGUUCUGCACGCCAGUGGGUAUAAAUCGGGCUCGGAGUUUACAAAGCAGAGAGUUCUGGUCGUCGGAUGUGGAAAUUCCGGCAUGGAAGUUAGUCUUGACCUCUGCAGGCACAAUGCAAGUCCUUACAUGGUCGUCAGAAACUCUGUUCAUAUUCUGCCGAGGGAAAUUAUGGGGGUUUCGACGUAUUCUAUAACUACGGCACUCCUGAAAUGGCUGCCAUUAAAGCUGGUGGACAAGUUCCUUCUCAUGGUGGCUAAUCUGACAUUAGGCAAUACUGACAAAUUAGGGCUCCGGCGGCCCAAAACGGGGCCGAUUGAACUCAAAACAGCCACCGGAAAAACACCGGUGCUCGACAUCGGAGCUUUCUCGCAGAUUAAAGCUGGAAACAUUAAGGUGGUUGAAGGUGUGAAGGAGAUUACAGAAACUGGAGCCAAAUUCGUGGAUGGACAGGAGAAAGAAUUCGACUCUAUCAUUCUGGCAACGGGCUACAAGAGCAAUGUUCCGACAUGGCUCAAGGGAUCUGAUUUGUUUGCAGAGGAUGGAAUGCCCAAGGCCAAUUACUCCAACAGUAGUUGCAAGGGAGAGAGUGGACUUUACGCUGUGGGAUUCUCCAGAAGAGGUCUCCUCGGUGUUUCAUCUGACGCCGUCCAGAUCGCCACGCAAAUCGCUAAUCAAUGGCGGAGAAUUAACCAGAGAAAUCAAGCUAAAGAAACUAGUAUUAUACUGUGACUGCUUAGAGUAAUAAUAUACUAGUUAUUAUAUAUAUUAGUUAAUUAUUCAUAAAUAAGAAAAUCUAAUCUUCAGUUUUGUAUUGUAUGGGUCUCUCUUUGUUGCUCUUCCAGUUAAUUUAGAGCAGUAG